UCCAGACACUUGGAUAAAAUUCGCAACAAUCGAGACUCGAUCAAAGCUUAGAAGAACUCAGAAGUGCAUGUCUCUCAGGCAGGGUCUUCGGAGGUCAUUCUCGUACAUGGUUAAUAUCCGGUUAAUGUUUUUGUUUAUAUCCGGAACUUUUAAACCCAUGUCCCAAUUGGUCACAGUCCAGUGAUUUUCAUCCCUCAACGCCUAGUUAUCACCCUGCCCCCGCCACAGCCACCGUCCAUGUCAAUAUCACAGUUUAAACCAACGUGUACUAUCCAGGAAUGCCGAUACAAUUUGAUGUAUAAGAAUGAAGUUGAUUGCGUGAUAGAGAAUGUAGCUCGACCAGUUGUGAAAUGGUGCAUUCGGUCGUUUCAAAAUCUGCAAUAAUGCUGGAGUGUUGAGGAGAUACCCUACCUCCAUUUUUGGACUGCCCAUUUUCGUUGUGAGCUGCUGCCACGAGGAGUGUGCAUUUUGGCUGCUGGUCCACUGUCGUCGUCUCAAUAGAAGUUAUCCGUUGGAUUAUCUCCAGCAGCGCAGCAAGGUUUUUUCCAGCGGGUAAGGAUGACCUUACUUCGGGUUGAAGCCACUCCUGCAGAGGCUACUCGGCAAUGGAAGGAGGUUUCGGAAGCGGAGUCAUUGCAGCUUACGAGGAACCUCCUCCGGAUUGCUGUAUUCAAUAUUAGCUAUAUCAGGGGCCUGUUUCCUGAUAGCUUUUUUCAGGACAAGUUUGUGCCUGCAUUAGAGAUGAACGUCAAGAAGUUGCAGCCAAAGGAUAUGGAAUCGAAGAGAUUCAUCGAAUGGAUUGAGAAAGGAGUUUUCGAUGCCUUAAAAAAGAAGUAUCUGAAGACGCUUUUCUUGACGAUCUGUCGUGGACAAGAUGGCCCACUGAUUGAGGAAUAUAUGUUUUCGUUUAAGUACUCUGCUAAAGGGCCGUCGGAGGAUAUCACCUCCAUGACUAUUGAGAGCGUAAGUGGCAAGCCUGUGCGCACUGACACAACUAAUCAGACGACUCCCCAGCAGAUGAAGCAGUCCGCAUGUAAGAUGGUGCGCACACUUGUGCAGCUGAUGCACACACUGGACCAUGUCCCGAAAGAGCGCACCAUCAUUAUGAAGCUCCACUACUACGACGACGUAACACCAGAAGAUUACGAGCCUCCUUUUUUCUCAUCUAGUACUUAUGAAGACCCUAGUCCAUGGGCCGGGGAGCCUUUGAAGAUGAAGGUUGGUUAUGUCGACAGCAGACAUUACAAGCUCGCAAUCAAGGUGAAGAGCGUGUUAGAUCCUUGUGAAGAUGAGAACGAGUUGGCCAAGAAUGAGAUGUGCUCUGGUACUGAUGUAAUGGUCACAAGUGAUGAUGAUUCGUCAACCAGCUCUGGGGCCAAUGAUGAUAAUACAGAGCCCAGUCAGAAAUCCCAGCCAAGAGGGGAUGUUGCAAUACAGAGUCCAGAAAACAAAGAGCAACUUGAGUCAUUUGAUGAAGAAACGUCUCUUGCGAACAAGUUUAAGAAAAUGCGGACAACUGCUGCAGUUGCUCAUAUUAGUGACACUGAUAGAACAGAAGAUUCCGAGUUCGAGGCUGAGAGUUUGCGAAGCGUGAGAAUUUACCUUCAGAAUAGAGAAGAUAAGACUGUCCACAUGAACGACAUUAUGAAGGAGUUCCCUCAAAUUUCAAAGGUUGUCAUGGGAGAGCUUCUGGAUCGCCUCGUUGAAGAAGAGGUGCUAAUAAGGCUGAAAAAGGACCUAUUCCGUGUGAAGAAAAUUCAGAUUAAUCCGAAAGAGCGCACGAAGUACUCGAACGAAACCCUGCAGCAUAAUGGAAUAAACUGUAAGUCUCUUACCUCAAAUGUCAAACCAAACAAAAUACCCGUACCAACACAAAAGGCCAACGAAUCAUUGCCCGAUGAACAGCAGGGCCUCUACGAAAAAGCCCUUCUUGUCACAUUGCCGCGGGAAUACAUAGCAGUGGCGCAGCUUCAAGAGGCCUUUCAAGAUCUUAGCCCUGGAAAAAUUCGCCAACUAAUAUCUCGAAUGUGGCUCGAUGGUUACAUAGAGAAAGUCCCUCACAUAAGAUGCAAAGGUCGCCAGGUUUUUCACACCCCCGCAACAAACAAGAAACUUCACGAAUUGCGUGUGUCAUAUUGUUCAAAGAUGCAGAAGGACGAGCCUGGGAGAAAGAAAUACGAUAACAUGGACGCAUCGCAAGAUUGGGGCGUUCUCAUUCGCGAAAAAGCUCAAUCCAGGACCCUAGACGAAUUGGUGUGCGGUCGCACGCAAGCUCUUGGCUCCGAUGAUACUCGACAGGACCAGCCAGCUGUUAAAAAGCACACCAAAAUGGCCCCAGCUUUCAAAGAACCAGCUCUGCCACAAAAGCCACUACGAGAACGAGCUAAAAUUACACCAUCAACUCUAGGAGCCAAGGGGAAAAGGAUCAGAGUGCUCAAUUCAGACUCACUUAUGAAUGUCAAUAAGGACAGCCAAGGCGAGGUGGUAGACAGGGCAGGAAAAGCCAGCAAGGUUGACGGACCGAUUUAUCAACCACCCUUCAAACGUGUUCGGACAGAAUGACUUCUACCCCUAAUUCGCACCCAGAAGACCGACGCUCUCGAAAACAACCCCUUCAAACAACUGUAAACCUCUCAUCACUGGGGAUCCUGUUCAUGUUCUAGCUGACAACAACUGAACAAUCCGUAAAAAAUAUCACCUCUGGGACAAUUUACGACAAGAACCCCUACAUGAUCUACUAUAAAAGUGAACAUUAUGUUCGAUUAAACAGCUACAUAAAUCAGUCCUCCAUGCGACACUUCUGAGCGGAGUGUAGGUCAACUAAAAGACCUGGCCAUAGGAGUAGAACUAAACAGUCAAAUGAAACCUGCAAAUGCGCUAGAGACACGCCUGGCAGCGUCGAUUCCCAAUAAGCUUGUGCACGGCGGGCAUGCUUUCAUUCCUCUCAACGGCCUGCCUGAAACGUAACCGUGCAUCUGAACGCUGCUAAUGCUAGUUGAUGGCAUAAGUGUGUCAACAAAUACAUCAUGUCAUCGCCACCCAAUAAAGAGUGUCACUUAACUCCCUCACCUUGAAA